CUACACACAAAGACUCCCGUGGCACUUCCAAACAGGCGCUUUGGACAAGAUGUUACCUUGGCCUUGCGUGUGCGUUUCCAUUUAGAUAUGUGGAUUGCGCGUUUCGCGUUAGGUUUGAUUUGUAGGGUCGAAGAGAUCAUCCCAGCGAGAUAGCCGCAGCUCACGUACUUUAGUUUUAGGCACUUUGGGAGCGCAGCAGCUCGAUUAGGCAACCGUUCUCAAACACGCACGACUCGAAACUGACGAGGAGGACAGGUGGACGCCACGCUGAUCAGCCGCGAAGGGGAAACUUGUCACCAUGAGUUCCGACAAGAGCAAAAUGGAGGAUGAGGCAGUCUUGGACAGAGGAGCCUCGUUUGUCAAACAUAUCUGUGAUGAAGAGGAAGUGGAAGGUCAUCACACUGUGUACAUCGGUGUCCACGUUCCCAAGAGCUACCACAGGAGGAGGCGCCACAGACGCAGGCCUAGCCACAAGGAGAAGCGGGAACGACCUGAACAGAGCGCAGAAGGGUCCAAGUCCGACGGGGAGAAUGUAGACGUGAGCGUCCUCAAACCUCUCAUUUCUCCUGCUGAGAGAAUCCGGUUUAUCCUGGGAGAGGAGGAUGAUGGCCCACCACCUCCCCAGCUCUUCACAGAGCUGGAUGAGCUUCUGGAAGUGGACGGGCAGGAGAUGGAGUGGAAGGAAACUGCCAGGUGGAUCAAGUUUGAGGAGAAGGUGGAGAAGGGAGGUGAACGCUGGAGCAAACCUCAUGUGGCCACGCUGUCCUUGCAUAGUUUGAUGGAGCUGAAAACCUUUAUCGAGAAGGGCACGAUCGUGCUGGAUCUGGAGGCCAACUCGCUGCCACAGAUUGUCGAAAUGAUCACUGACAGCCAGAUUGAGAGUGGUCAGUUGAAGGCAGACCUGAAGGAGAAGGUCACAUACACCUUGCUGAGGAAGCAUCGGCACCAGACCAAGAAGUCCAACUUGCGCUCUCUUGCAGAUAUUGGCAAGACUGUUUCCAGUGCAAGCAGGCUAUUUUCUAGCCAGGAGAAUGCCCGCAACCCCCUCGAGCACCCUGUGCCUUGUUUAAACCCACAAGACUCAGAGGAACCAUGUGAGGUCAUGAGGAGCUCCAGCAUGGGAUACCUCUGUAGUCCAACUACAACCCACCGAAACCUCACCUCCAACAGCCUGAGUGACUUCUCUGAUAAGCCAGAGAAAGAUCAGCUGAAGAAUAAGUUCAUGAAAAAAUUGCCCCGCGAUGCUGAGGCUUCAAACGUGCUGGUCGGAGAGGUAGAUUUCCUGGAAACCCCCUUCGUGGCUUUUGUCCGUCUGCAGCAGGCUGUCAUGCUUGGGGCACUCACUGAGGUCCCUGUGCCCACAAGAUUUCUCUUCGUCCUUUUGGGUCCCAAGGGCAAAGCUAAAUCAUAUCAUGAGAUAGGAAGAGCCAUCGCUACCCUGAUGUCCGAUGAGGUAUUCCACGAUAUUGCUUAUAAAGCAAAGGACAGGCAGGACCUGCUGGCUGGUAUCGAGGAGUUCCUGGAUGAGGUCAUUGUCCUGCCCCCUGGCGAGUGGGACCCUGAUAUCAGGAUAGAGCCACCAAAGUCCCUGCCUUCUUCAGACAAGAGGAAGAACAUGUACACCGGAUUAGAGGCACCUCAGAUGAAUGGCGACACUCCCUAUGACACAGGACAUGGAGGGGGUGGAGGACACCAAGUUGGAGAGGAACUUCAGCGCACUGGAAAGUUUUGUGGAGGUCUCAUCUUGGAUGUGAAGCGGAAAUUGCCCUUUUUCGCCAGCGACUUCUAUGAUGCGCUGAACAUCCAGUCUCUGUCUGCCAUCUUGUUCAUCUAUUUGGGCACAGUCACCAAUGCGAUCACCUUUGGAGGUCUGCUUGGAGAUGCUACAGAAAACAUGCAGGGAGUGCUGGAAAGCUUCCUUGGAACGGCACUGACUGGAGCAGUGUUCUGUCUGCUGGCUGGUCAGCCCCUGACUAUUCUCAGCAGCACCGGACCGGUGCUAGUCUUUGAAAGGCUCCUCUUUAGUUUCAGCAAAGACAACGACUUCGACUACCUUGAAUUCCGGCUGUGGAUCGGACUGUGGUCGGGCAUGUUCUGUCUGGUGCUGGUCGCCACAGAUGCCAGCUUCCUGGUGCAGUAUUUCACACGCUUCACAGAGGAAGGCUUUUCGGCGCUCAUCAGCUUCAUUUUCAUCUACGAUGCUUUCAAGAAGAUGAUAAAGCUGGCCCACUACCACCCGAUCAACACGGAUUAUGAUCCCAACCUUGUCACUCAGUACGACUGCCGCUGCAUGCCUGGCAACUCGUCAGAACUCUUUGAUCUAUCUGCCCUGACAAACAGUACUGAUCUGCCGGUAAAUGCUACCUUGGCAUCUCUGACCAAGAAGCAGUGUAUGAAGUAUGGAGGACAGUUAGUUGGAGAAAGCUGUGGCUACAUACCUGACAUCACCCUGAUGUCUUUCAUUUUGUUCCUUGGGACCUACACCUGCUCCAUGUCUCUGAAGAAGUUCAAGACGAGCCGCUUCUUCCCCACCCGAGUGAGGAAACUCAUCAGUGACUUUGCGAUCAUCUUGGCCAUCCUUCUCUUCUGCGGCGUGGAUGCUUUAGUUGGUGUGGAGACUCCAAAGCUCUUAGUGCCAAGUGAAUUCAAGCCCACAAGUCCACUGAGGGGCUGGUUUGUUCCUCCUUUUGGAGGAAACCCUUGGUGGGUGUACCUAGCAUCUGCACUUCCUGCUCUGCUUGUCACCAUUCUGUUAUUCAUGGACCAACAGAUCACCGCUGUAAUUGUCAACAGGAAAGAGCACAAACUUAAGAAAGGGGCAGGUUAUCACUUGGACCUGUUCUGGGUGGCCAUCCUGAUAGUGAUCUGCUCUUUCAUGGGCCUGCCAUGGUAUGUGGCUGCCACUGUCAUUUCCAUCGCCCACAUCGACUCUCUGAAAAUGGAGACUGAGACUUCUGCUCCCGGAGAGCAGCCUAAAUUCCUGGGUGUCAGGGAACAGCGAGUCACUGGUAUCUUCGUGUUCAUCCUGACGGGACUCUCUGUCUUCAUGGCUCCUAUCCUCAAGUUCAUUCCCAUGCCAGUGCUCUAUGGUGUGUUCCUCUACAUGGGUGUGGCAUCACUCAAUGGUGUCCAGUUCAUGGAUCGCUUGCAGCUGCUCCUCAUGCCUGCCAAGCACCAGCCGGACCUGAUCUACCUGCGGCACGUUCCCCAGAGACGCAUCCACCUCUUUACUUUCAUCCAGGCCCUGUGCUUGGCCUUCCUGUGGAUCCUCAAAUCUACUGUCGCUGCCAUCAUUUUCCCUGUCAUGGUUUUGGCAUUGGUUGCUGUUCGCAAAGGAAUGGACUACGUGUUCUCCCAGCAUGACCUCAGCUACCUGGAUGAUGUCAUCCCAGAGAAAGACAAGAAGAAGAAAGAAGAUGAAAAGAAAAAGAAAAACAAGAAGAAGGGAAGCAUUGACAGUGAAAUUGAAUUUUCUGACUACCCCUACCAUGCAAAUAAUAUCCCCAGUAUAAAAAUCUCUAUGGAUAUGAUGGAACAGGAGCCCAUGUUGGGAGAUAAAUCUUUGGAUAGACUUCCAUCGUCGACUUUCCUUCAACCCCAUACACCGUGCUGAACACUACUUUUUCUCUCCGUCUGUGGAUAAUCUCGACAGCGGUUCAUACAAAAAAGGUUCACCUCAGAUUCGAAUACGCCGGGACUCUGUGGACAGCUGUUUCAUCUGCAAGAAAGGGUCCGAAAGUGUCCUGUGAAAAAACCAGCACUACACAGAAACCACACCCAUUCUCUCUUUUGUUUUUAGUUUUUUUUAGGUUUUUUUUGUACUGUAAUACUGCCUCAUAACAGUGUUUUUUAAUAUGCCACGUGCGAGGAUUUGAAUCCGAUUAGCUGGAAAAGUAUUUGUCAUUGAAAGACUUUGGUGGUACUGAAUUUUAAUAAGUGCUGACACAAGACCAUUUGUAUCAUUUUACUGCAGGAGACAAAAGGACAUCACAAGGUCACACAGUUUUUUCCUAAUCUUCCCAAUUUGUAUGUUAAUAACGGAACAAGAAUCAGGCUAGAGUUGUGGUAAUCAUCAAAUAGACCCAGAGAUCCAAUUUUGAGCUUCAUAACACACACACCACUUUCACUUAUUCUUUUUAAUAAUAUCCCACAUAACCUUCUUAAGUACUGUGUUUAGUAGUUAUUUUUUUAUUUUAUUUUUAUUAUUUUUUUAAGGGUAUUAAGGCAUAGCUCUUGGAACCUUGGAGAUUCAAACACAGUGGAGGUACUGCACAGAGGAUUCAGAGUCCUCCUUUAGUGAACAAAAGACUAAUCUAUGCACACUUACACGAGGAACUUGAUGUGAAGCAUCCAUCUAAAGAUGCGUGUUCAUAAACACCCCCAGAAAAAUAAUGCAACAUGCUUGAAUGUGGCAAGAAGUAAAUGGUUCAUCAACACGCAGACUGGAACUACUAUAUUUGUUUCCUAAUCUUGAUUGUUGCUCCCCUUUUUUCUUUAUUUAUUAUAUUUAAACUCAUAAAGGUUGCUGGUUGAAUAUUAAAUACAACUUAGCCAUUUAACCUUUUGUGGAAAUUUGAAGUUUCUUUGAUCUGUAUCCACUCAGCUGUGUCGUCCCCAUUGUGGGGAUUUAUCCAUGUACUACACCUGUAUGCAGCACUACCUCUUAUAUACUGUAGGUGCCAGGCGUGAUAUAUUAAUAUAUCUGCUGUGCAUUGAUUUGUGAUCAAAUACUAAAAAAAACCCUAAAAAUCAGACAAACUGGCACUAGGAUCUCUGAAUCAUUUAAGAUACAUUUAAAUACUAUGUGCAAACUGCAAUGAUUUAAAGGGGCAGCAUCACCCACAUUUCUUAUCAAAAAGCAAAUAAAAAUUUCUAAAUAUGUUUAUUUAACAAUUUUAGUUUGGAUGAAUAAAAUAUUAAGGAGAAAGAAAGUCUUGUUUUCCUCCUGAUGGUCCAAGAGUUGAAAGCUGGGAAGAGCUGAGAAGUAUUUAGCCCAUCCCAUGCUUCAUAUUCCUAUACACUUAAGUAUCAACAUGUUACUGAGUCUGAUUCAGUUCAAUUUUAAAACUUGUUCAAAAUAUGUUAACUUAAUCAAGUUCCAAUCUUUUUAUUGUUUUGUGUGUUAUAUGUAUUUGUUUCGUUUUAUGCAAAUCAACAAUCACUGUGAGAUUAUUACGAUAAUGCAACUUCUGGUUCUGGAAGAGCUACUGCUUUUUAGUGCGCAAGGAUAUUUUUCUGAGACAUUGGUGUCUAUGCAUUAUCCAAAUUUAAUUUAGUAACAGCUGGAUGAGCAGUGAAAUAUGCCAAUCACACGUUAGACAAAUGACUUGAUCAUGCUUGUUGCUACUUAUUGCUUAUUGAAGUAUUCACUGGUAACUUUAACUGAUUCGGUUUUAAGGUGUCCUUGCCUAUCUGAAUGUAAUAAAUCCUAAUGACCUGAAAUAUCGAUGAUCCUUGAAGAAAUGACACGCACAGUUGGUGUCACUUCUGAUUUUUAGUGCAAAUAGGGGUUUGAUUCUUGCUUUGAGCAAUCGCUUCCAUGUAGCUUGGACACAAAAGCCACAUUGUCUUCCACUUUGUGCGUUGAGCUGCACAUCUUGAUCUCUUUGGACUUUCUGGUUCUGAAUCUGCAAUUAUUGUAAUAUUUUUGAUGUUAACGAUUUUAUACAAGCGUCUUAUGUGAUCAAAUAAUCCUAGGUUACUCAGAAGGAAUAAUUUUUUUUUCUUUUUCUUUUUUUUUAAAUGAAGUAGCAUUUGAAAAAAGAGCAAUAAAAUGGUCCAAAUGAUUCUUAA